CCUACAGUACAGCAGAGGGAGGUUUAUUGAAGAGCCGUCGGUUUCCUGAGAAGUGCUUGCUGUGUUUAUUUACUUGUCAGCUGAUGUUUAGUUCAGUACUGUAUUGUCGUCUUUCUUGUAUGUCUGCAAAAGACGUAUUGUAAAACUGAGGUUUGAGGAUUACUUCUUCAAAAGUGCAGACGACUGUUUCAGAAUGACACAGUGGGAGCGAUUGCAGCAGCUGGAAACAGUGUAUUCACAGAGGGCAUCUGAUCUGUACAACGGAGAUGAAUUCCCAAUGGAAGUGAGACAUUACUUGGCAGCUUGGAUCGAGGGCCAGGACUGGGAACGUGCUUCUCGGGACUCUUCCCAAGCUGCGUUCCUGUUUCAGGUUCUUUUGGAGAAUCUGGACAACCAGUUCAGUCGUUUUGCACAAGAGAGAGACAGUUUCCUACUGCAGCGUAAUUUCAGACGCUACAAACAAAACUUUCAGAAGUAUCAAGAGGAGCCAUGUACUCUUGCUGCUAUUAUCAACUGGUUCCUGGUGAAGGAGAAAGAGAUCUUGAAUGAUGCAGAGCUUGCACAGCAAGUGCAGACAUUGCAGGUUCAGCCAGCUGCAAUGGAGUUGGAGAGCCAGAGACAAAUAGAAAAGAAGCUGAAAGAACUUAAGACAAAAGUAGAGGUGAUGGAGCACAGCAUAAGGUGUUUGGAGGAGCAGCAGGAUGAGUUUGAUUUUAAAUAUCAGACACACCGUAUGGACUCUUGCACAGAAGAAGAGAAGAAAAAGCAGUUAGAAGGGCUUCAGAAGAUGCUCAAUGCACUUGAUAAAUGCAGAAGGAACUUCCUGUCUGAUAUCUCGGUUAUGUUGAACACCGCUGAUGUUCUGCGCUUAGCGCUCAUAAACGAAGAACUGGUGGACUGGAAGCGGAGACAACAGAAGUCCUGCAUUGGUGCUCCUGAUGAUACAAGUCUGGAACACUUAGAGAAAUGGUUCACUCAAGUUAUAGAGUGCAUGUUCCAGCUGCAGAAGUUCUUACAGAAGCUUGAUGAGCUGGUAGGAAAGAUGACCUAUGAAAACGACCCCAUCCCAGCCCAAAAGAACUGUUUAAAGAGUAAAGUGGACACUCUGCUGACCCAGCUGAUAAAGGGGUCAUUUGUUGUAGAAUCUCAGCCAUUCAUGCCACAAGGUCGAGGCCCCCUGGUGCUGCGCACGAAUGUCCAGUUCUCUGUCAAAGUCAGAUUGUUAUAUAAAGCUCCUGAACUCAACCAUGUUAUGAAGGUGACUGUCUCUGUUAACAAUUCUGCUUCACAGCUGAAAGGGUUUCGGAAAUUUAAUGUGCUGGGUACCUUAAGUAAAGCCCUUAACAUGGCUGAGAGCAUGAAUGGGGGCAUGGUUGCUGAUUUCAGACAUUUGACAUUGAAAGACCAGAAAGUUGGUGGUGGAGGAAAAGGAAUCAAUGAUCUCUCACUGAGUGUGACUGAAGAACUGCACCAAAUAACCUUUCAGACCCAGUUUGACUAUCAAGGCCUGUCUGUCCCUUUGGAGACCUCUUCUCUUCCUGCUGUGGUGAUUUCAAACUCCAGUCAGCAGCAGAGUGCUUGGGCGUCUAUUCUGUGGUUUAACACCCUCUGUCCAGAUCCCGAGAACGUCAAGUUUUUUGAAACCUCUCCUGCAGCCACCUGGCCACAGUUUGGGGAAAUGCUAAGUUGGCAGUUUCUCUCCUGUGGGAAACGUGGUCUAGACAAUGGCCAGUUGGAGACUCUUGCCAUUAAGCUCUUUGGUAAACAACAGAGCUAUGACAACUGUAAGAUAUCCUGGACCAAGUUCAGUAAGGAGAACCUGCCUGAUACAAACUUCACACUGUGGGUGUGGCUGGAUGGCAUUCUAAACUUGGUUAAACUUUACCUGUCAGACCUGUGGAGUGAUGGGUCUAUAAUGGGUUUUGUCAGCAAGGGGAAGGAGAGACUUUUAUUGAAGAAGAAGCAGGACGGCACUUUUCUGUUGCGUUUUAGCGAAAGCAUCAAAGAUGGAGGAAUCACAUUCAGCUGGGUGCAGUACGGUAACAAUGGUGAACCAAGUGUGCAAACAGUGAAGCCUUUCACUAGUGCUGACCUAAAGCAAAUUGCUUUACCUGAUAUCCUCUGCAACUUUCGGAUCAUGUUAGUGGGAAAUGCUCCAGUAAACCCACUGUGUUACCUUUAUCCAAACACUCCUAAAGACCAGGCCUUCGGCAAAUACUAUAGUGAAAAGACUGGAGAGGAGAAUCCUUACCUGAAGUACCUCAAAACCAAACUGGUAUUCGUCUCUAAAGAGAACGGCUGUUCUGGCGUCAGAGAGGGGCCAGAGUCUGACCUGUUCACACAGGACAGAGACCCUUCUCCUUCUUCUAAUGCGGGUGACGAUGAUGUGUUGCUCCAUGGGUCCGAGAGGUCUCCAAUGUUUUCCAGCUCUACCAUCGAUGCUGAGAUGCUUAACAUUAUUUUGGACAGCGAUGCCGAGAGCAUGAUUCCAGAUGAAUUUCCUUCAAGCGAUCUCCACAUUUCACCAUCUUGCCUCCAACUACCCUUUCCAGAGUGUGCCUUACUUCCAGAAGCUCUCUCUCCAGAAAUGAAUGUUAAUGACACAUUGCAAGAGUUUUUAAACUGUCCAGGCAUACUAAAUAACAUAACCUUGCAUAUUAUGCAGGAAAAGGCAGAUGACUUCAUCCGUGAUCCUGGUUUUCAAGACCAUGUCUAUCCCAACACACCGCUGACCCCCUGAAUUGAAUCCAUUUAACACAAAAUCUCUGAUUUGUUGUAAAUAGAAAGACAAAACACAGCUCAUUACUUCAUUUUCAGUACCGAUUUCAAUAUUCCUUUACCUGUUUAGUGUUUGAAUGUCUACACAUCUAAUCAUCUGUUACUUAUGUCUAAGGCGUAGAGGUCAAAAAAAAACAACAACAACUUGGGGAUAAGGUCGUGUGACCUCACUAAGCUGCUAGUAAAUAUUUGUCCCUAUAAAUAUAAGCUUGAAAAAAAAAAAAAAAAAGAUCAGAGCACUUUUGCAAAUGGAAAUUAGGGGAGAUUAGAGACUGGAAAAAAUUAUAUAUAAAAUAUAUAUAUAUAUUUCUGCCAUUUGACCCAAGUAUUGAUCAUGCUUUUAUCAUCCAAGUAUAAAAAUAGCUUUUAUGCAGGUUGAAGAACAGUUUGUAGUCUAAUUAACUGGGCCGUUUUGGAGAGAUACUUUGAUAGUGAAAGCAAAAAACUUUAUUAAUGUGUUGAACACCUUUAGUACUGUGAAUCGGGCAUUAGCUUUGAGUUUAUGGUUUGAAAAUCAUCUCAGCAGCAAAGCCAUUUCUGUGCAUACAUUUACAACUAUGGAACAAAUUUUCCAUGCACACAGUGCAAUUUUAAAGUUCUCAAAAGUGAAAAAUGUCUCUAGCAAAAAUUUAUUUAAAACGUUUUUCACGAGUUCGCCUGCCCAUCUUGUCCUGUUGGCCAGUGGUAAACAAACUUAGUUUGCUGUCAACCCAAGGCUUUAGCGUCGAUUUCAACCCCCCAUUGCGAUAUUACCUAGAGGGAGAACAGAAAUGGAGGAGGAGAAGGGGAGCUGGAGGGAUGAUGGACUAACACUGGGACGGUGCACUGAGAGCUGCUUAUAUAGACUCGUAAUAAUGAUUGACAGGACUGAAUGAUUAGGCUCCUCCCAAACCCACUUUUGGAACUUCAUUAAAAUUGCUUGGUUAAAAUGUUAUCACUUCAUUUGACAUUAAAAGGCAUCAAUGUUGACGAUAGUUUUAUAGUAGUCUUUAACUCUAGGCACCUUUGAGGCACCUUCACUUUUUUGUAUUUUAUGAUCAAUUUAUAUUUUUAUAUAACCACUAUUGAGAUGGUACCUGAAUGCUUUGCUUUUGAAUCAACUGGAUUUUUUUCUUGUAGUUAAUCAUGAAAGAGAUGGUUUUCAUUAAUCUACCAAACUUCAAGCCAAUAGAAAUACUUAAUUUUCCUGUUUUUGGUAUUGGAGAGUUGAGUGAUCAGUUACAGAGUUUUGAUUAAGCAGAUAUUAUUUCUGUAAAUAUGGAAAUGAUAACAGACACUUUUUUAUUAUUUUGAAAGUUGAAUUAAGUUCUGUUAUCCCAGCUGAAGGCAGAUUAUUCAGAACCUUAUCUUGCUGGUAAAAAUACUUGAUAUUUGUUUUUAGAUGUUGUCUUUUAAACAAAAUGAAUUUGAAUUAGACUGAUUGUAUGAUUGCGCUAACAUUCAGAUGACAGAAAUUGCACUCGAGUGGACAUGUGUAUAAACAAUGCUUCUGCUAAAUGAAAUGAUUUGUUUAAUUUUUACAGAUAAAAUGAAUGUGUUUCUCUAACUGAAUCUGGUCCCGGAAAGUGAUUGGACAAUAUCUGAAAUCUUUUAGAGAAAAAAAUGCCAAAGUAGAAGUUUUUUUUUUUUUUUCUCUUUUCACUAAAAUUAAGUAAUUAAUCACUUUAUCUUUCAGAAUCAUUUACCCCGUAAGCACUUCUAUUUGGUUUUGUUUGUUUUAAAUGCAUGUAACUACGUUUUGCAUUCUGUCCAAUGUCAUUGUCCAAGACAGUUAUCUUACUUUAAUUGUGUUUUAUAUUUGUGAACAAAAGUUUUAUAGUUAAAAUGUGAGAGUCCUAACUUUGACAAAGUAUUCUCCAAUAAAACAUCACAUGAGAGA